AUGGAUCAGCCAAUCACUUCUUUAUUUCCUUCCCAAUCCUCUGAUGGUCUAAAGUCUACUUCUGAGGUUGCACGAGAUGAUGAUGAUUACAUGGUGUCGUUUGGUGAUCUUCAGUUUGAUCCUGAGGAAGAGGGUAUUCCUGAUCACAUGUUAAUCUCAAGAAAACAAUUUAAAAUCUUGAAUCGCAAGUUGAAUUCUUUGCUUCAGAUUCAAGCAGACACAGGGAGUCGCCAUUCUGUCUCAGGCAUUGAAGAUGAUGUGUUGUUAAAAGCCCAAGAACAUCGAUUGAAAACCUUCAUGGAACAAAUUGAUAUGAAGCAAGAAGAACGUUUGAAGCACCAAUCUGAAUCAUUUGUUCAUGAGGAGGAUGUAAAUUUGAAAAUUGAAGAGGUUUGCACUAAGUUGACCAAGGAGCUUACUAAGCUUGAUCAUCGUUAUUCUAAUCUUUAUACGAAGGUUGAUAUCAUUGUCUAUGUUGUAAAGACAGUUGUGGAGUCUUACUAUUUGAUUCUCACCAAGGUGGAUACGAACUCAGAAUCUGAUUCCCAGGGUUUUGCCAAGAUGGAAGAUUUGUUAGGUGAUUUGAAGGCUUUGAUUUUGCAACUCACAGUUUCUCCUUCCCCUUCGGUGUCUAAAGAAUCAUUAUCUACAUUGUUUUCUUCUUUGGAGUCAACUUUAAAGGCUGACUUCACUCCUCUUCUCAAAUUGGUCAAGUUGAUGCCUUCUAAUGCCCCACUUAUUAAAACAAGGGUUCAAGGGGGAGAAAAGAGUGUUCGAGCAUCAAGGGAUUUGGAUCAAGGUAAGGUUAUUGGGAAAUUAAUAAGCACAUAG